ACAUUCUCCCUCUAUAUUUCACUAACCUUUCUCUGUUUAGUUUCUUCUUCUCAGAACGGCGGCACAAACCAUUAUUGGCCGCUUCUUCUCUCACCUCAAGAAAUCCUUUCUUCUCCGUCCAACAAAGAAGAUACACAAAAAGUUACCCUAAAGAAGACCCGCAAUGAGAUUGGAGAAGUGUUGGUUUUGCUCCUCAACCGUAUAUCCGGGGCAUGGAAUUCAGUUUGUUAGAAACGAUUCAAAGAUUUUCCGCUUCUGUAGGUCUAAAUGUCACAAGAACUUCAAGAUGAAGAGGAACCCACGAAAGGUUAAGUGGACCAAAGCUUACAGGCGAUUACAUGGAAAGGAUAUGACUCAAGAUUCAACAUUUGAAUUUGAGAGGAAGCGAAACAGGCCAGAGAGAUAUGACAGAAAUGUGGCAGAGAAUACUCUCAAGGCAAUUAAGAAGAUCGACAAAGUUAGAGUCGAUCGUGAGGCCAGACACCAUGCUAAGAGGAUGAAGGGAAAGAAGGGACAGGAGUUAAGGGAGGCACACAAGGAAUUGGAACAGAGUAUCAAUAUGGUAAAGGCUCCAAUAGCUUUUCUACAAGAUCCAUCUUUUACUCUUCCAAAGAUCAAAGUCAAGGUCGCGCAACAGAAGUUGGAGGAGGGUCGAAUGGAGGAGUGAUUCCGUUAAAGAUUCACAAAGAUCGGUUUAUUAUUGUCUGUGUCUUGUCUCGGGAUUUUAUUAUAAUCGUUGUAGAAUCAAUGGUGACUAUGAUGAUGGUUGGUGUUGGUUUCUUGUUUAUUUUUUUAAGGAUUCAAAUUGACAAAUUUUGAUCAAGUAAUAUUGUUUUUUAUUUUGGUAAAUGCUAAAAAUAUAUGUUUUGGAACA